UGUGAGUUUUUUUUAAUAAACCACGUGAGCGAUGCAUAUAAAUACUUCUCAUUUGAUAAUUUCCGAAAUUUUGUCAGGUUCCUAACUGAACAGUCGGAGUAAAGAAAACUUGUAAUAAUGGUACUAAGAGGGAUUUUGUUUCUACUUUUUGUAAUUACGAUUAUGAAAUACGCGAAAGGACAAAAUAGUGACAACUCUUCAACUGUGAUACCACUACUGGACACUCAAAAUAUGCCUUUAGUUGCUUUGUUUGAUACCACGAAACUUAACCAGGUGUUGAAGAUCGCUAUUCAGAAGGAAGUAGAAGAUACCAUGAACCAGAUGAUUCAGAAGGAAGUAGAAGAUAUCAUGAACCAGAUGAUUCCUCGGAUAAAACAGGCUGUUAUUGCUGACAUUGGAAACGAACCUGGAAAAGAACAGGAAAGGCCAGCUUUUACAGCAUCGCUUACAUCAUCUAAGAAUCUUGCUAGUAGUGAAGUUGUGAUAUUUGACAAAGUAUGGUUAAAUAUGGGUGCCGCUUACAAUCAGGACACAGGCGUUUUUACUGCGCCGAAAACGGGACUCUACUCUAUUUCAACAACGGUUAUGUCUUAUUAUACCACCAUGUUACACUGCGAUUUGUGGAAGAAUAAUCAGAAACUGGUCAGAGCUUUCGGUACUAAAUUAUCGACUGGGACUCUGAAUGUUGUGGUUGCAUUAAAGAAGAGUGACACAGUUUAUGUCAAACAUGCUGGUGGUAGGGAACAGAUUUAUGGAAAUCAUAGGUCGACAUUUUCUGGAUACCUAAUUACCGAAUAAACCAGUAAAAACCUUUAGAAGAAUUUGAUCUGGAAAAAAAGAAAUGAAUUCGGCAAAACACACGUUAUGUAUAUAAAAUGUCAUACUCAUGUUCACUGAAAAUUUCCAAAUGCUAGUACCUAUUUAUAUUAUUUCAAAACAAAAUAUAUAUGCAUUUUUUAGGGAACGACAUAUAAUUUUAUUAUAUCUAUUGAGUAAUAAAUAAAAGAUUUCUAACAAA